AAAGAUCUCACCCUCUUUUGGAGAGGAGUAUGGUUUAGAUUUCUCCAUGUUAACCAUGAGUGUAACCGUGUCCCCCAUGAGGUCACAGGAAUUGGAUCCCAUGGCUACUGACGCUUCUCCGAUGGUCAUCAAUAUGACCCCUACAGUGGAGCAGGGUGAGGGAGAAGAUGGGAUGAAGGAAAUGGAUUCUGACCAACGAUAUGAGAAGCCACCCCCACUCCAUACAGGGGCAGACUGGAAGAUUGUCCUCCACCUACCUGAAAUUGAAACAUGGCUCCGCAUGACUUCAGAGAGGGUCAGGGAUUUGACCUACUCGGUCCAGCAGGACUCUGAGAGCAAGCAUGUGGAUGUACAUUUAGUGCAACUAAAAGACAUAUGUGAAGACAUUUCUGAUCACGUCGAACAAAUUCACGCCCUCCUAGAAACCGAGUUUUCCCUGAAGCUUCUGUCCUACUCUGUCAAUGUGAUAGUUGACAUCCACACAGUCCAGCUUCUCUGGCACCAGCUGCGGGUCUCUGUUCUGGUUCUGAGAGAGCGCAUUCUCCAAGGAUUACAGGACGCCAAUGGAAACUACACCAGGCAGACUGAUAUUCUUCAGGCCUUCUCUGAAGAGACAACGGAGGGUCGUCUGGACUCUUUAACCGAAGUGGAUGAUUCUGGACAGUUAACCAUCAAAUGCUCCCAGAAUUACCUGUCCCUGGAUUGUGGCAUUACAGCUUUUGAACUAUCUGACUACAGCCCCAGUGAGGAUUUGCUUGGUGCCUUGGGUGAUAUGACCUCUGGCCAGGUUAAAACCAAGUCCUUUGACUCCUGGAGUAAAAUGGAAAAAGACUUCCCAGAACUUAUUAGAAGUGUUGGUCUCCUUACAGUAGCUGCUGACUCGAUCCCUUCCCAGGACAGUGAAGCCAUUAGUGAGGAGGGUACUCACUCGACACUUUCAGCAGGAGAUGAAGGUGGAAAUGAUGAGGGCAAAGAAAUACCUGUAGCCAAAGAGCCUCAGGUCUUGUCUCCUCUUGGUUCUACGGGCUCAGGGCAAAGGAAGGACAGGCCUCGUUCUUCUGAUGCAGGGACAAAGGAAAACCAUUCCUCAUCCAAACCCGGUGCAAAAACACAUCCUCCUGUCUCUGAAAAUCCAACCCCCAAGAGGUCAAUAAGAGACUGUUUUAAUUAUAAUGAAGAUUCUCCCACACAACCUACUCUACCCAAACGGGGACUUUUUCUUAAGGAAGAUGCUCUAAAAAAUGAACUCAAAGACAGUGAUGGGAAAAAACAGAUGAUUCUCUUAAAGGCAGAAAUGAGUAGAAGUACACCCUCCCUUUUGGAUCCACCUGACCGGUCCAAGCUAUGUCUGGUGUUACAAUCCUCUUAUGCAAACAGCCCAUCGGCAGUUAGCCAGUCUUAUGAGUGUUUGCACAAAGCAGGUGAAGGGAAUCUUGAAAACCCAGUCACGGGCCACUUUAAAGAAAUUUCUUGUAGCCUAGAAAGACUUAAUGAGUACAAUCGUAAAGAAAAAGCCCCUCGAAGAAAACAUGAUGAAACCUCUGAGAUUACAAUUCCAUGUCAACCACCUAAAGGGGGAUCUGGUGCUGAGGCAGCCAAACCAGCUGAAAAUAUGGAAAACUCAGUGGUGCCAAAUGGAAUUCCUUCUUGUACUUUCAAGUCCAGAGAAAGGCCAGAGACAGAUUCUGCUUCCACAUCCUCAGCUGAUCUUUGCAGUCCAGGAGACCUGAAUGCCAAAUUGUCCCCGAAGUUGAUUCCAACCAGUUUACCACCUGUUUCCCAAGGAAAUGACUCUGUAUCUGGCUCAGACUCCAUCAUCUCCCCAUUACCCAUUCUUUCAAAAAACAAAAGCAAAAAAUGCUAUUCCUCUUCUCCAAGUCAUGUUGCUAGAAAUGGCCAAGUUGUGGAGGCCUGGUAUGGUUCUGAUGAAUACUUAGCUCUUCCAUCUCACCUUAAACAAACUGAAGUGUUAGCGUUAAAGCUGGAAAAUCUGACAAAGCUUCUGCCUCAGAAACCCAGAGGAGAAACUAUUCAGAAUAUUGAUGAUUGGGAGCUGUCAGAAAUGAAUUCAGAUUCUGAAAUCUAUCCGGCCUACCAGAUUAAAACAAAGCACAAAAGGUUAGGCAGAAUAUCCCCUAGUUCUUCAAGUGAUAUUGCAUCUUCCCUGGGGGAAAGCAUUGAAUCUGGGCCUCUUAGUGAUAUUCUUUCUGAUGAAGAGUUGUGUAUGCCUACAUCUGGCAUCAAAAAAUAUAGAGCCGAAAAGUCAGAGAUAGCUCCAACCUCUAAAAACAAUGAGAGCUCUGCAUCCAGUAAAACCGCUUUAAUUCAGCAGUUGAUGGAAGAUAUCCAACACCAAGACAACUAUGAAGCAAUCUGGGAAAAAAUUGAGGCAUUUGUAAGCAAACUCGAUGAAUUCAUUCAGUGGCUAAAUGAAGCCAUGGAAACAACAGAAAACUGGACUCCCCCUAAAGCAGAGACGGAUGGCCUUAAACUCUACCUGGAGACACACUUGAGUUUUAAAUUGAAUGUAGACAGUCAUUGUGCUCUAAAGGAAGCUGUGGUGGAAGAAGGGCAGCAACUUCUGGAGCUUAUUGUAUCUCACAAAUCAGGACUGAAGGACAUGCUGCAGAUGAUUGCAAGUCAAUGGAAGGAACUGCAGAGGCAAAUCAAACGGCAACACAGCUGGAUUCUUCGGGCUCUGGAUAUCAUCAAAGCAGAGAUCCUGGCUACUGAUGUGUCUACAGAGGAUGAGGAAGGGACUGGAAGCCCCAAGGCUGAGGUUCAGUUAUGCUACCUGGAAGCACAAAGGGAUGCUGUAGAACAGAUGUCCUUAAAGCUGUACAGUGAGCAGUAUACCAGCAGUAGCAAGCGCACAGAGGAGUUUGCUGAUAUGUCAAAAGUUCACACAGCAGGAAGUAAUGGGCUUUUGGACUUUGAUUCAGAAUAUCAGGAGCUCUGGGAUUGGCUGAUUGACAUGGAAUCUAUAGUGAUGGACAGCCAUGACCUGAUGAUGUCAGAGGAGCAGCAGCAGCAUCUUUACAAGCGAUACAGUGUAGAAAUGUCAAUCAGGCACCCAAAAAAGAUGGCGCUGCUUAGGAAGGUUGAAGAUUUGAAGAAAGGUGGUGCUUUACUACCAAACGAUCUCCUUGAAAAAGUGGAUUCAAUUAAUGAAAAAUGGGAACUGCUUGGGAAAACCUUAGGAGAGAAGAUCCAGGACACAAUGGUAGGGCACAGUGGGUUAGGUCCACGUGACCUGCUCUCUCCUGAAAGCGGCAGCCUGGUAAGGCAGCUGGAGGUCAGGAUCAAAGAGCUGAAGGGGUGGCUGAGAGAUACAGAGCUUUUCAUCUUCAAUUCCUGCCUGAGACAAGAAAAAGAAGGAACAAUGAAUGCUGAGAAACAACUGCAAUACUUUAAGUCUCUGUGUAGUGAAAUCAAGCAACGCCGGCGUGGGGUGGCCUCGGUCCUCCGCCUGUGCCAGCACCUCUUAGAUGACCAGGAGACCUGCAAUCUGAAUGCUGAUCACCAACCCAUGCAGCUGAUCAUUGUGAACCUCGAAAGAAGGUGGGAGGCCAUUGUCAUGCAAGCUGUCCAGUGGCAAACAAGGCUACAAAAGAAGUUGGGCAAGGAGCAGGAGGUUUUGAAUGUGAUUGACCAUGGCCUGAUGGAUCUAAAUGGAACAAGUGAAGAUGCCCUGGAAUGGGAUGAAACUGACAUAAGUAAUAGGUUAAUCAGUUUAAAUGAAGAAUCCAGUGAUCUCGAUCUGGAACACACCCACGCACACACCACGUCAAACUUGAAAUCUGAGUUGGAGGAUGCAGGCAGCGAGGACCGAAGUUAUGAGGAAUACGCUAGUGACCAAGGAGGACCUCACUAUGGCUCUAGCAUCACUGCCCCCUCUAGCCCACACAUCUACCAAGUUUACAGCCUUCACAAUGUCGAACUUUAUGAAGAGACCCACAUGCCGUUUCUGAAAACCAGCCCCAACCUCCCCAGAAUAACCCAGCCUAAAGUUUUAACAAAAAGUCUCAGUAAAGACUCUUCAUUUUCAUCCACCAAAUCUUUGCCAGACCUUGUAGGUGGGAUCACUUUGGUUAAGCCUUGCACAUGCCAUGGAAGAGACAUGAGCCAACAUUCUGGGAGCGAGAGCGGCAUUGUCAGUGAAGGGGACACCGAGACCACAACCAAUUCUGAAAUGUGCCUGCUGAAUGAUAUGGACGGACCCCCGAGUAACCCUAAAACUGAACACCCAGGUCCUCACAUGAGUGAUGUAGUUAACAUAUUAGAACAAAAAAUUAAAGACGAGGAGGAAGACAUUAAGCCUCCAAAUAGUUCUCAGUCACCCGUAUCACCAAUGUGUUGUGUAAAUGGAAAAGAUGGAGAUUUAAACAGUGUUACCAAGCAAACCCCUGAUUGUUUGGAAGAAGAAUUACAAGGAAAACAUGAUGUGUUUACAUUUUAUGAUUACUCAUACCUCCAAGGCUCAAAACUCAAAUUACCAAUGGUAAUGAAACAAUCACAGAGUGAAAAAGCACAUGUGGAGGACCCGUUGCUUCAUGGUUUUUAUUUUGAUAAAAAACCCUGCAAAUCUAAACAUCAGGCUACAGAGUUACAUCCAGCUGCAGCUCCCCACGAAUGUAUUUUGGCAAGUGUGCCCCAUGAAAUGGAUCCCAAUUCCUGUAAAAGUGGCAAUGGAGAGAAGACAUUGCCUGGCAUGCAAAAUGCCAAGCAGCUCUCUCUACUCUCACAAAGCUCUUCCUUGGAGUCCCUUUCGCCCGGAAGUGACUUAUUUGGAUCAGGCAUCUUGAAAAAUGGUGAUGGCCUUCAACGGAGCACGUCGCUGGAAAGCUGGUUAACGUCAUACAAAAGCAAUGAAGAUCUUUUUAGCCGCCACAGCUCGGAGGAUAUCAGUGUAAGUAGUGGCUCAGUUGGCGAACUAAGCAAAAGAACUUUAGAUCUCCUCAAUCGAUUGGAGAAUAUCCAGAGUCCCUCAGAACAAAAGAUAAAGCGUAGUGUUUCUGACAUCACUCUCCAAAGCAGUUCCCAAAAGAUGUCCUUCCCUGGCCAACUGGACAUAGCCUCCUCUAUCAAUGAAGACUCAGCCGCCUCUCUCACUGAACUUAGUAGCAGCGAUGAGCUCUCUCUUUGCUCAGAGGACAUCAUAUUGCACAGGAACAAGAUCCCACAGGAUUCAAAUGCAUCCUUCAGGAAACGUCUGACUCACUCAGUGGCAGAUGAGAGCGAUGUCAAUGUCAGCAUGAUCGUUAAUGUCUCCUGUACCUCUGCUUGCACAGAUGAUGAAGAUGACAGCGAUCUGCUCUCCAGCUCCACUCUCACCUUGACUGAAGAAGAGUUAUGUGCUAAAGAUGAAGAUGACUCCAGCAUUGCAACUGACGAGGAGAUUUAUGAAGAAUGCAAUCUGAUCUCAGGGCUGGAUUACAUCAAGAAUGAAUUGCAGACCUGGAUUAGACCAAAGUUUUCACUGUCAAGAGAAAAGAGGAGGUGUAAUCUCAGUGAUGAAAUUCAGUGCAGCAAAGAUAGAGGCAGCAGUGAGACCUCUAAUGCCACAGAUGCACUGAAUAUUGAAGCCCUUUUGAACGGCUCCAUGAGGCGGAUGCCUGAAAAUAAUGGAAAUGGUAAAAAUUCAUCUAAAGUGUAUGAGAUUGGGACAAAGAGAGAAAAUAAGAAGAAUAUUUCCAAAGUCAAUAAAGAUCCACUUGUGGAUGACAUGGAGAAUGGCAAUGUCGAAAGCGUUCCAGAAAGACCAAAGGAAAUACCAAAUGGAAUUUCAAAGGUGUCAAAGGAUCUUGUUCCAACUGAGAAUGCGGCUUUAGAGUGUGAGAGUUGCAUGUGUGAAGCGUUUACAGAUAGCUCUGAUGAUUCAAAUGUAGAGGGGAAGGAAUUUGUUUCUCCACCUUCCAGGAACCCUCCAAAGGAAUGUCAAAACCACUUGCUUUCUGAAAUUCAAAGUGCAGCUUCAAUUCCUACUGACAAGUCUUGUCCAGAACAUGCCAAAACCAGUGUGAUCAACAAACCAGAUCCUGCACUACUGAAAUCUUCAUCUGACAAUGCAACCGGAACAGCUGAAAAGCCUGCUGAUCACUCUCCAGCAUUGGAGCCCAGUGAAACAGAAGAAAAUGUUGCUAUGGAUGACAGAAUUUCCUGUUGCUACUGUGAGUCUGGUGCUUUACAUAAACAAGAUACAGAAGAUUGCUCAGUACACAACUUUGUUAAGGAGAUCAUUGACAUGGCUUCAACUGCCCUGAAGAAUAAGUCCCAACCUGAGAGUGAAGCAGCCACUCCCACAUCAUUAGCUCAGAUCAAGGAAAAAGUAUUAGAGCAUUCUCACAGGCCUAUCCAGCUCAGAAAAGGAGACUUUUAUUCCUACCUGUCCCUCUCAUCUCAUGACAGCGACUGUGGGGAGGUCACUAGCUACACAGAAGAGAAAAGUCACACUCUAUUGCCACCUGACUUCCCUGAAUCGGGCCUAGAUGAAAAAGAGGAUAUUGAAUGUUUCUUUGAGGCUUGUGUUGAUGAUGAGGAAGGUGAACAGCGAUGCUAUUUCUCCAGUGAGCCACCAAAGGAAGCUGCAGUGCCAGAAAAAGAUCCAAUUUCCCUAGAAGGGACUAAAACCUCUUCUAACUACAGUGGGUUUUCUUUCUUGAGUGAUCAAACCGACAAGGGCACUCUAAGUCCCACCACCCAGAAAAGGUCUGACACUGGAGAGGAAAUGUGUAAUGAGUUUGGUACUUCAAACAGCUGUGAGGCGAGCUCAGCCCUACCUGCCGCUCCAAGCAAGAGCAAUGAAGAGAGUAGUUCUGGAAAGCCAGGUGGUUCUGGGAUGCUGGAAGAUGGUUGUGCUGCUUUAGCCAAAACUAUAGUUCCAGGCCUCCCACUGAAGGCAGAACAGCUGAAAGACCAGGCUGUAUUGCAUCCUAACAGUAAAACGUUAACCUGUGAAGAAAACCUACUGAACCUUCACAAUGACCGGCAUAUAAAUAUGCACAGGUAGAAUGUAAUCCUCCCCGGGCACAUAAAUCAUCUCAUUGAAAGAAGUCUGGUUGCACUCCAGGUGCAGGCUCAUCAUCCUAACCCUGGGAUGGCCUCGGGUUCCAUUGUGUCACUGCCUUUUGUUACACUGACUCCUCCCAAGAUAAAUAUUCCUUCCAAAUGCAAUUCGUCCAUGUGGGCUUUGUGAUUUGGCUGCUUGGUGCGCUGGUCCUCUUUAGAUGAUGCUUUUCUUUUCUUCUCUUUUUUGAAGUAUAGCAAAGCCAUUUGUUUUCACAAGGAUUCUUGUCCCAAGCUACCUCUACUGAUCCUGUGUUCCUCAGUUGAACAUUUCUGUUGGCUCUUCUCCUGACUGUUCUUUAAAGUUCUACAAUCCACCAAAUUGCGAGUGUAUUCAAUUCACCAGUUUAGAAUGAUAUCUGCCAAUGCUUUCCUAUGCCAUAUUUCACAUAUAACAAAUUUCUGGUAUAAUGCCUAUGCUUAUUAGGAUGGUUUGACCUAAGCAAAUAUUUGAUUUGAUUUGAUUUCAGUAAAGGAAAGAAUCCUUACUCUUUUUUGAUUCUGUCCAUGAUAAAUAAAGUAAUUUUUUAAAAGCACCAUUUUAUUUAUUUCAUUAAAAAAAAAAAAACCUAUGCAACACUUCAAGAAACAACUACACAGUGUUGUAUGUUAUAAACUGGUAACGUCCUACUAUUGAAUUAUGUACAACAUUUUGGUUUUUUAUGCUUCUUGAGGUGGUAAUAAGAAAAAAAGUUUUUUUAAAAAUGUGUGCCUUGCUGUAUUUCUUAUACCAUUUAUUAAAAAAAGCUGCUUUCACAGUAAAAUUAUGUUGGUUUGAAAGGAGGAAAUAGCAAGGUUAAAAUGUGUGAAUAAUUUCUGUAUAUAUGUAUAACCAAGUGCAAACAUUGAUGUAUAAUGACAGUAUAAGAUGCUUUCAUGUUUUGUGAUGUCUAGUGAUGUGGAAAAUAUAAGCCUUAAAUCCAUUAGAUUGCAUGGUAAUUAGAACUGGUAUAAUAAACAUAGUUUAUUGGGGGGAAAAAAAGCUGAAACAGUGAUCUCUUCUACCUGUGCUCCUUUAAAAAGAAAUUUCUGCAUCCUGUUCUAGAAAUAAUAUACAAUUUUGAAAUUUCAAUACUUGGAUAGAGGCUUUGAGUUACUUUACCUAAAUCAGGGACUGGGAAUGGAACCUCCAAAGUCUCACGGUCUUUCUCAUCAUAUACAUGUACAUAUCAAGACUCAGCAGCAUUCGACUAUAAACUCACUGCAUCCCCACCACCACCAAUUAAUAAAUAUUUAUUCAAGA